AUGCGUCUCUCCGCAGCGCUCGCUUUCCUUCCGCUACUCUUCGCACGCGAAGCACCAGCGUCUCUAGGUAUAAAACAGGGCAAGCUGUCCUUGUCGUCCCCGGACGGACUAAGCGAUGCGUCCUACACUCUGGAUCCAUUGCAGCCCCUUCCGCCCUUGACGCUCGCGGAGCAAACGACACUCAAGCUAUCAUUCACCGUCAUCGAUGCCUCCACCGGUGCCGGGGUGAUACCGGACCAAGCGCACCUCUUGUUUGAGGACACGACGGGCGAUGAGAGUCGGGACGUCACGGUUUCAGUGGGCGUAAAGUCGUCCGGAAGGGCUUCAUUCACCCUGAAUACCGCCAAGCUCCCCGCAGCCCUCAUCCACACACGCGGUACUUCCAACCUCACCCUCUUCCUCUCUUCCCUCGCUUCCCCUCCGCUCCGACCCCUCGCAUACCCUCUUACUGCCCUCACUCUCUCUCCCUCCCUGCUCAAGCCGCUCAACCGGAGGAGACAUGACUUGCCCCCCCGUGCGGGCGAACCGGCCUUCGCACCGCAGGAGGAACUGGCACAUACUUUCAAGAAGGAAGAGAAGAGCGUCGGAGUCAUCAUCAGUCUCCUUGGGCUAGGGAUCACUUUGACGCCGUGGGUUGUGCUUUUGGGCCUGAUCUCGUCCAUCCGACCUCAAACAAAUCCAUCCGCCCUCUCAUCCACCUCCUCCCUGUUCUUCAUCAGCCUCAUCGCCCUCGAAAUCCUUAUUGGCGUCUACUGGGUCGGGCUCAAGCUGUAUCAGCUCUUACCGGCCUUUAUUGGCCUGGCGGGGGUGAGCGCGUAUCUGGGCAAGGUGGCGAUGUCGGGUCUGAGGGAGAAGCGGUUGAAGGGGCAAUAG